UCUAUUUAUUUUGGUAUGUAUAUUAGUUUAUUUAAAAGCCUUGAGUUUUACCUCCUGGAUGGUUUAACAUAUAAAAAACAGCCAUAAUGGAGGCAGUUUUGUUUUGCUCUUUUCUGUCUGUAUGGAUCAGUCUUGGCAGAGCAUAUGAUAAUCUUGCAUUGAACAAAUCAGCAUGGCAGCAGCAUCCUUUCAACAGUAACGACGAUGUGUGGGGGGCGGAUCGUGCUGUGGACGGACUGUAUACUGACCUGUCUGCUGCUGGAGGACAAUGUGUGGUGUCAGGAAACGCCCGAUCAACAGCAGAAUGGCGGGUAGAUCUGGGAGUAGUACUCAGUAUACAUCACAUCUUUAUACAGUACAGGACUGAUAACGCUGUCUGGGAUGAACGCAAUGGUUAUACUGGUAGAUUCCUGGGAUACUCUGUCUACGUAUCAAACUCAACCAAUAAAGAGGACGGAGUACUAUGUUUUAAGGACAUUAACUACACCAAAGCAACCAUUCCCAACCCUACAGACAUAACGUGUAUCACACACGGGAGGUAUGUCAUCUACUACAACAACAGGACUAACCCCCCGUAUCCUGAUAUAUAUUCUCCGUACGCAUUUAGCGAGCUGUGUGAAGUAGAAGUGCACGGAUGUCCCAUACCUGGAUAUUACGGAGAGGACUGUUCUUUACCGUGUCCACAGAACUGUCAGGAAGGUCACUGUCACAUUGUAGAUGGAACCUGUCUGGGCUGUGUACCAGGAUACAAAGGUCCAACUUGUAAUGAAAAAUGUCUUGAUCAAACGUACGGUCUGGAGUGUCAGCAGAUUUGUGUAAACUGUAAAAACAAGGAACCAUGUCACCACGUGAACGGAAGUUGCCUGAACGGAUGUGCCAGCGGAUUUUAUGGCGAUUCGUGCAAUUUAGAAUGUCCUGACGGCUGGUAUGGGUCUAACUGCCAGGAACAGUGUAACGUCAACUGUGGAGUUCAAUACAGAUGUGACAGGGUGACAGGGCAGUGUGAGGGAGGAUGUCAGGUGGGAUGGAAAGGCGUCAAAUGCGAUACACAUUGCAAUGGCGGACAGUUCGGACAGAAUUGCAGCUCUGUUUGUGGCCACUGUCUUGACAAAGAACAAUGCCACUAUAUCCAUGGAACCUGUUCCAAUGGAUGUGAUGACGGCUACCAAGGACGAGACUGUACCCAAGUUUGCAUAAACAAUACAUUUGGAUCAAAAUGUUCAUUUAUCUGUGGGAACUGCCUUUACCGGUAUGGAGAACAAUGUCAUCACGAGACAGGUCAAUGUCCACGUGGAUGUGACGUUGGUUUCCAUGGUGAUCGGUGCGAACAAGCUUCCAGCGAUGCUGCGUCGACAUGUCAAUCAUCCACUGCAAUAUAUGUUUCUGUGACCAUUAUAGUGCUUAGCGUAUUAUUAAAUGUGUUUUUAAUCAUCAGACAACUAAGAAACAGCUUGUGUACAUCUACAUGUUUACAACAAAAGAUCCCAGAUAACAUCGAUAAACACUUUGAUGGAAAGAACAUGGGUUUAGAAAAGACAACGCAUUUUUCAAAGUCCAAGUAUGACCAACCAGAAGACAACGCUGCCUAUCAAGAGCUUGGAGAAAUAACGAAAAACUCCCCGUAUAAUAAUCUUCCUUGACGGAAUAGUUUGGAUCCAGAGUGGCUAUGAAUAUAUUUUGUGAACGCUUAUUAAUUUAUAUUGUAAAACAGCAGUUUAUCGACCAGGAUGUAGUUUCGAUAAGAUAGAGAUGCUAUGUGUUAUAAAAUUUAAA